AUGACAACUGAAGCACUUAAUAAGUCUGACUUAAUAGAAAGAAUUGCUCUUAAAAAUCCGCAUUUAGCAGAGCCAUUAGUCGAAGAAGCAGUUAAGAUUAUGAUCGAUCAAAUGAUUGCAUCGUUAUCUUCAGAUGACCGUAUUGAAAUUCGUGGGUUUGGUAGUUUCGCUUUACAUCACCGUGAGCCACGUGUGGGUCGUAAUCCUAAAACAGGUAAAUCAGUAGAAGUUGCAGCAAAAGCUGUACCUCACUUUAAACCUGGUAAAGCACUCCGUGAUGCAUCUUGCAGAAUCCAGCUGAACUACCUGUAG